UCGUCAAACAGCAUGCGUCCGGCCAUGCAGAAGGCCCUUGUGGCGAUGGCAAAGGACGGGCAUUGCAAGGAAUUCCUGCGCGUGUUCGCUGCUGAAUGCCUUUCCGAGAAAAAUGAAGAUCACAGCUUGGAGUGGAAGGAAGGACUGGAUGCGAUGUCGACGGCACAGUGGCAGCACUUGUGCGAGUACAUGCGCCUUCCACUGGUCGAUCUCCACAUCACGGCAUGCUUGACAUGCUUGUGUUGGAGCUUGCGCGACUCGUUACCGACUUCUGUCGUCUUUGCACUCAGCGACGUGAUUGUGCAUCUCCACGGCCACCUCCUGCAAGCCACCCCGGACGCGCAAGACGCGAUCGCACAGUGCUGCGAAGCGUUCUGGAUCAGCCAUGCGUCACGCGCGGAAGCUGUGAUCCCUCAACUCAUCCCGUACCUUGUCGUGCAAGCGCUGGAUGGUGAGACCGUGUCGGCCGUCAAGCGACUUCGAGAUGUGCAGGACGCGCUGUCGCUUCUCGACUUUGAGGACACGAGUAGUCGCUUGCUCAAGGACCUGCUCCUGCGGUGCUUUGUCUCUCCCGCGUUUCUCAAGUCCAACGACGGCGUGGCUAUCUUGAGCGACCUGUUUCACUUGGACGCGUCCUUUAUGGACGACAUCCACGAAACCAUUCGGAACCAAGUACCGACCCAGAAAAAGUCUGUCGUCAAGCGCUACGGCCUAGUGUAUUUUAAGGCGUGGCACACGGCCUACUUGAACGAGUUGCCGUCGUUGCUGAAACUCGAAGAAGACUGCAUCCAACCGUACUUGUACCAUGCGAUUUACGUUUCCACGGCGUCGCUGUGCACAAAGUUGCAUGCGUUGCUCGAGGCAUUCUUUGAAGCCAAGCAAGUGUGUGAUCCGAUGCUAUACCGGCUCGUGGAGCCCAUGUUGUGGCGCGGGCUCAGUGCCACCAACGACCAAGUGCGAAAGCAAGCGGCGAUCGUGCUAUUCCAAGGGUUUCCAUAUCAAAAGUUCCAUUUGGAUGGGAAUAAAUCCGCGUCCAAGGAAGACACGGACGCGCUCCUGCAGAAACAAGUGGACGGGAUGCUGCUUCUGGUCCAGGAUACAUCGCCGGCGACGCGGGUCGUGGCUGUCCAUGGGUUGGCCAAGGUGCUGAGCUUGUACUGGGAAGUCAUCCCGCACGAAUCGAUCCAGCAGUUUUUGUUUUGGCUAUUUGAACUCGUACAAGACACGGCCUCGACGGCCGUCCGCGUCGCAGUGUUGCAAGGCCUGCCCCUCAUUUUGGACAACCACCUCAGCCAUGCCGUGCUCAAGUCCCUCCUCCCCAAGCUCGCGCCAUACUUGAACGACAAGCAAGAGACAGUCCGAGCGGCGUUCUGCCGACUCCUCGUUCGCGUCAAGAGCAUCCGGAACAUGCACUUUUACGACAUUGCGCCUGUGGACUCUUGUUUGCUGCGCCUGGUUAUGGACGCGGCGCGGCCGUCCGUGGCCAAACCGAUCACGAAUUUGUUCUUGCGGUCGUAUUUUCCCCAGGGGGCGUCGGACGACGCCCAAGUCGCUCGGACGCUGAGUCUGAUUGAGGAGCAUCCGGUGGCCAGUCGGGUGUUCUACCGACACGUCGUGCAUUUCUCGUCUGUGGGCGCCGUGUGUAAACUGGUGGUGCUGCUGCUUCAUUUCGUGUCUUGUCAAGGCGGAAGUGACAACUCAGACUUGGCCAAUGGGGUAGUGUGGGUCGUGGUGGAUCUGCUUGAAAGCAUCCAGAAGCCUUUGAUGCACAGCAAACGAUACGCCGACUGCCGCCGGUUCAUUCAGGAUCAGGUGCACCCGGACAGACUGCACACGAUUCUCGAGUCGUUUUCUGCGUAUCCGUCGGUGGUGGCAGGCACGUGGCACGUGAUUUCGCACGUGCCGACGUCGAUGAAAGAUCAGUUUGUAUUGCGUGCGCUGGACGCCAUGGCGGAAUUCGAGUGCUCGUCCAACAAGCUGCUGCUUGUGGGCGUCCUGCAGUGCCUGGUGCGAUGGGGCGAAGCCCUGACGUUUGUCGAUUCGUUACUCGACCAGUUGCGUCCGAAACGCAUCCAUCGAACAAACGUGGCACUGCUGCUGGUGUGCCUAAACGAACUGGCCAAGCUGUGCGACCUCAGUGACGUGGCUUCGUCGCUUGUGGUCAAGUUGGAGCAGCACUGGCCGACGUUUCAAGGACAGAUGGAACCUACCAGUGCGAUUUUGUAUGCCAAAGUCGUGUGGACGCUGCACCAGUUGGUUGUUGCGGGAGCGGCAGCUGCUGGUGACACGCCGCCGCCACCCAUGGUGUUGUGCGCGAUCUAUGAAUGGAUGUCAACGCUAAAGAAGCGGAAAGGACCAGCUGCCGCCACUUCUGAUCAACCAAGCGGCGAUGCCAACGGCUCGGAAUUCCGACUCGAGGUGGUGCCAGUGCUAUGCGAAGCCAUGUUUGUGGCCCUGCAGUCGGCCACCGCCGUGACCUUUAUGCAGCGCGUGCUCGAAUUGGCCAUGGACGAGCCAGCGUUGAACUCACAGCUGUUGUCGUUGCUGGUGGCGGUCGAAGUUGACUUAGAAGACGACAUCUUGGGCGCGUUGCUGGCGGCGUUGCUAGAAACAAACGCAUCUAGCUGCGUGUGGCUCACGCAGUUGCCCCAGUCCACGGGACUGUGCCGUUGUCUGUGGAUGCUUCUCAAGCAAGAUGCUCACGUUGGCCAAGCCAUCAACGCUACGAAAUGGCCCGAAGACGCCUUGCAGAGAGUAUUAAGCGUGGGCCUGCAACAGGACGAAGUGUUGCCAUUGCAUGUGGUGCAGAUUUUGAAGUCUUGUCGAUCCCUGGACUGGGCGACCAAAGUUGCAUCCCCCACAGUGCUCGGCCAGUUGCCGAAUAUGCUAAACACAUAACCAAAUAGUACAAAGAACGAACGUUCCCCGUAAUAAUUGCCAUUUAAUUUGGGAGUAAUUGGAGC